CUGAGGGCAGCGGGGAGUUUCCACAGCGAUCCGGCCCCGCCGAACUGUCCGCCCGGGGACAGAAGCGAAGCGGCCCCGGGAAACUCCGGGCGCUCCCCGGAGCCGGGCGCUGCGCUGCUCCCGGGCGAGGCUCAGCCCUGGCGGAUUGAAUCUCGUCGAGGCGUUGGCGGGGGAGGCUCCCUCCAGCGAGGUGACGCCCAGGGACGGGAUGCAAGAUGGCUGAGCUGAGCAACAUCCAGUCUGCAGCUUCCAAGAGCAUCCGGCCUUUCCGGUCCAGUGAGGAGUAUCUCUAUGCCAUGAAGGAGGACCUAGCUGAGUGGCUCAACAUCCUCUAUGGCUGGGAUGUCCAGGUGGAGAAUUUCAUGGAGACCCUGGAGACCGGGUGUGAUCUCUGCCAACAUGCCAACAACGUCAACCGCAUUGCUCUGGAGUUCCAGCAGCAGCACCCAGAAGCUGCCGUCCACAUGAGGGUGCCCCAGAAUGAGGUUAUCUACCAGGCCAAGAAUGUGGUGCCUGGCUCCUUCAUCGCCAGGGACAACAUCUCCAAUUUCAUCCAGUGGUGCCGGCAGGACCUGGGCAUCCAGGACGUGUUGAUGUUCGAAACCAAUGACCUGGUGCUGAAGAAGAAUGAGAAGAACUUCGUCCUGUGCCUUCUGGAGGUCGCUAGGAGGGGCUCCAAGUUUGGGAUGCUGGCUCCCAUGCUGAUCCAGAUGGAGCAGGAGAUUGAGGAGGAAAUGAGGGAUCAGAUAGCUUAUGGGGGGCUGGAAACCCAGGAGGAUAACCAAGACCUGGGCCCUGAAUCACCUGUCUACCCUAGCAGGCUGCAGAGAAUCUCCUUGUGUGACCUCAAGAACCUGGAUGAGCUGGUGCGAGAGAUUCUGGGCUGCUGUACCUGCCCCUCUCAGUUUCCCAUGAUCAAAGUCUCAGAGGGUAAAUAUAAAGUGGGAGACUCCAACGCGCUGAUCUUUGUUCGAGUGCUGAGAAGCCACGUGAUGGUGCGAGUCGGUGGUGGAUGGGAUACCCUGGAGCACUACCUGGACAAGCACGAUCCCUGCCGAUGCGCUUCCCUCUCGCAUCGUCUAAUGCAGACCCGUGCCCUGGGCUUCUCCCCGCAGAAGAUGGCAUCUCCUGGCAGCUUCUCUCCCAGCCCCCAACCUGCCAGCCCCAGCUCCCAGCGCCACUCAGAAGGCAUGAACCCCUACCGGCCAACAGAGACCCUCCACACAGGGGAUAAGCGGCUCUCAGCUGGUGGGGACUUGACCCAGGCCAGGAUGGACCGGUCUGGCUAUCUGGCCAGGGGGGCAGGAGAUCUGUCUGUCCAAUCAGACUCCUCGCGGCAGAUCCCCAAUGUGGCAUCGCAUGCCAGGCAGGAGAAGCUGGAAGGGCUCCCCCCAAGGGCUGGCACAGUCCCCUCAUCUGGCCGGAGCUCCUCCAGUCCCUUGAGGAGCUCCACACCACUUGCCCACCGCGACGUAUCUGAGCCGAGAGCUUCAACCACUCUCAGACUUCGAGACCAGCUGCCCCCCAGAGCCAGACGCCUCUCCGGAGACAGUGAUUCCUCCACGUCGUCCACACAGAGUGGCACCCUGGGCAGGAGGCGUGGUGAGGACAGUGCCUUGCGAACAGCGCGCAGGAAGGAGGUGGGGCGGCACAUGCCCGAGGGGACCCCCAAGAGUCGGCCUUCGAGCCGCAGCCAGUCACGGGAGCGCGGGGCCUUCUUGGGGCUGAGGCCGUCGGUGGAGGCCAGGAGGGCAGAGCCAGAGGAGUGGAGCCAGCCUCGCCUGGUGAAUGGGCCUGGCAGGCCCAGCCCCAGACCACGGAGCCAGGGGAGAGGUGGCGGGGAGCCAGUGCUGCUCAUCAGCCGAGGGAAGGAUGGGCAGCACUCCUGGGCACAGGCCAACAAAGUGAAGGAGACUGACCAAGACUCUGGCCGAGCCAUCCCCAGGACCACGAGCCCUACUUGCAGGCACCUCCCUCGGGUGGGCUCCAGGAGCCCUGCGCCCACCAGUCACAGAGCAUCGCUUCCUGCCAACAAACUGGCAGAGCCCUCGAUACGGGCACCUCAGCAAAUGCUGGGGUCUGUGAGGCAGUGUCAGGGGGCUGAGACUGAGCCAAGUGAUCCUGUGAGGGAACAGCUCUCUGGGGAGACCCUCCAGGCCAGACAGUUGUCUGAGAGCUUCAGCCAGGAGCUGGAGGAGCUGGCACAGAGCUUCCGGACCCCUCUGUGCCUGGACCCCAGCCAGGAGCAGCAGCUGUACCGGUGCCUGGAGGAGGAGUUCCUGGCCAACUCCCAGAUGAUCGAGCUGGUCGGGGAUGAUGGGGAGACCCUGGGCUGCACCCACGAUCCGGGACAACUCCAGCAGACCACGCCAGACCCAGGGGCCGUUGACUCUGCCUACUGCUCCUCCAGCUCCUCCUCCUCAUCACUGAACUUCUUCAGCAAGCACGGCUUCCAGACAGACUUCAGUGAGCGGCCCAAAGAUGACCCCAAGAGGAACCCUUCAUCCCAGCGCCCAUGGGCCUCCAACUGUAGCACAGCCCACACUGAGUUCCAUAAUGGCUCUGGCUGGAACUCCCAUGUGGCCCUGGAGCCGACCACAUGCUGGAGGAAGCCAGCUCUCUCGAGUUCCUCUGAUGAAAGUAACUACUACACAGCCUUGAAUGACCUCCAGGAGGUGGCUGAGGGAGUAGAGGGCUCCAAUCUGGGCAUGGAUGCGACCUGGACCAUCUUGGACCAUCUUGCGGGCUCUGAUACAGACUUGGGGCCCUCGGCCCGAGAUGAGCUGACGGAGACCAAGGAAGACUCUGUGGUGGGGCCUGUUGGUGAGACAGCCCUAGAUGGAAUGCCACAUGUACUCCAGACACAGGAGGGGGUGCUGAGGCAAAAGAAAUCCCCAAAGAAACCAGGCCGAGUGCCUUCCAUCUACAAGCUGAAGGUGCGGCCCAAGGCCAAGCCGCGUGUAGACACUCAGCCAGAUAAGAACCCCUCCAAAAUACCCACGCCGCUCAGCUACAAGACGUCUGGCACCUCACCCAAGGGGAGCCCUCCCAAGUGCCCAUCUGAGCACAAGCCCUGGAGAGCCUUUCAGAGCGUCUUCUCCUCCCUCAUGGAGCCGCCGCUGGGCCAGAUGGAGCCAAGAGGGCCAGACGAGGAUGCCUGGGCAUGAUGAGCUGGUAGCACUCGUACAAGAUGGAGGGACCGGCCUAUAGCAUUCCCCACUGUUGCUCCCAGAUCCCCAUGUCCCACACCUGCUGCCUUAGAUGUGCUGCUGUGGUGGCCCUGGCCUUGCUGCUGCUGCUGCUGCUGCUGCUGCUGCUGGGAAGGGGUGGGCGGCCAGAUGCCCCAGAGUUUUUUAUUUUUGAAGGUACCUCUGGAUGGAGCUUCCAGUUGCGGGGCCAGAUUUGGGGUCAGAGGAGGGCUGGGCAGCUGGGUGGCUUUGAUUUUACUUGAGAUCUCUUAAGUGAAUUGCCUUUUAGGGGGACAUUCCAGAGCCCUGGAAAAAGGCUAAUGUCAUGCCCAUCUUUAAAAAAGGGAAGAAGGAGGAUCCGGGGAACACAGGCCAGUCAGCCUCACCUCAGUCCCUGGAAAAAUCAUGGAGCAGAUCCAC